AUGUCACAACAUCAAACUCCAUCUGGUUCAAAAACUACUAAGCCUACUCACAAGGAUAGCACUCCUUCCAUGAACUUUCUCGAUGAUGAAAUUCUGGAUGUGGUUCCUCUGUCUAUUAUUCCAGGCGAAGCCCCUGACUCAAACCAUCCCAUGGAUGCAUCUUCUUCUGCAUGCCCCACUCAAGGUAACAACUCUAGUAUCCCUUAUAUCUCUACUCACGCCACUAGUUCUAAGGAAGAUAUGCACCACACUGAUCGUGUCAUUAGAAACCUAGUCACUAGAAUCCUUAAUAAAGGACAUUCUGUGAAGGGAGUCUCUACUCCUCUAUCUAGAAUCUACCCCUUUCCUAAGGUUGAACCUCAUAGUGAGAAGGAUGACGAUUCCUCUAGAUCUGAGAAAGACAUGGCUACUGAAGGUUUGUGCUCUCUAGGGCAAACUGUGUCUGGUAAAAAAUUCGUGGCAUCUACAACUGUCAAUGCUUCACAUUUUGAGAAGCAUGAUUCUGCAAACAAUAUGAUUGACCUAGAGGAUGAUAGUGUGGCUAAGCAUAUCAAGACUAGAAAAGGUAGAUUUGUGGCUGAAAUGAUGUCAGUCAAAACAGCUAAGAAGACAGCUGGUGUAGGUCCUUCCAAAUCUUGGAGCAAAGUAGAUGUGAAAAAGAGAAAGGUUAGUGAAGUUUUUGAGUCUAACGAAGAUGUAGAGGAAGAUGUCCCUGACAUCUCCCCUAUGAAGAAGACAACUGUGAGGAAGUCCCAUGUGAAAGUUGUUAUUGUACAUUUGGACAAUAUCUCUUUCCAUCUUGAAGAUGGAGCUGCCAAACGGAAGUUUGUGAUCCAAAGAAGGGUGGAUGUAGAAAGAGAGUUAGGCAAGGAUGUUGUUGAGGUCAAAGAGGUCAUGGACCAAAUUAAGAAUGUUGGGUUAAUGAAGAAUGUGGUUGGGUUAUCUCAGUGA